AAUUUGGAUGAUAAACAUAUUGAGAAGUGUAAAAAUUGGGUUUAUGAAGGUUUUAUGAAAUUCUACAGUUCUUAUAAAUUAAAAUGGAGAUCUCACUGAAGUAGACAUAACCAUAUCUCAAAAUUAAUAAUGAUAGUAACAAAAAGCAAUGAUUGUCUUUUAAAAGUGACGCUCACUUCACAUGUAGUAGACAAUAAUUUGAAGAUCAAUCAAACUGAUCAGCCACAACCCCACAGCCAUCAUGAACAGCGAGGGGGUGGAUGUUGAUGAGACGGGACUUUCGUACACACUGGAUGAAGCUCUUGAGAUGGUGGGAUUUGGGAAAUUCCAAGCUCUGGUGAUGGCUUAUGCGGGACUCGGGUCCAUGGCUGAGGCAAUGGAGGUCAUGAUACUCUCCUUUAUAGGAACCUCUGUUAAAGAUGAAUGGGGGCUUUCGCCCGGACAAGAGAGCUUUAUAACCUCAGUUGUUUUUGGAGGCAUGCUUGUUGGAGCUUAUUUGUGGGGUUUCAUAUCCGAUAAUUACGGAAGAAGGCAAGCUAUUGGGUUCCCGUUUUAUGAAUUAGAACGGUUAUUUCUGUGGAUAGGUCUUCUAAGUGUUGGUGCAGUAACUGGCAUAUUUGCUUUUCUAAGUGCAUUCUCCCUAAAUUAUUCCUCAUUAGUCGUUUUCCGUAUGGUAGCUGGCAUUGGUCUGGGUGGUGGACCUGUGUACUCAUCCUGGUAUCUCGAGUUUGUGCCCGUGCAAAACCGAGGCUUUUGGAUGGUUGUCUUUAGCACUUUCUGGACAAUUGGAACAAUACUGGAGGCUUUAUUGGCAUGGAUAAUUAUUCCAAGAUUUGGGUGGAGAUGGGUGCUUAUAUUUUCGUCCGUACCCUGUCUACUAACACUCGCCUUCUAUUCCUUCACGAUAGAAUCCCCAAGAUACCUGUGCCUAAACAACAAAUUCGGUGACGCUCAUAAAAUAUUGAAACAAAUGGCUGAAAUGAACAAAUCACAGCUCCCUCCAGGUAUUCUUGUCCCACACCAAGAAAAUAGCCCAUCUGACAGAGUCCCCUUGUUGUCCAUCAGAAAACGCAUAAUUAAUUCUCCCAUCUCGUUAUUUUUUACGCUUUUAUCCUCAAGUUUGGUAAAAACGACUCUUCUCCUAUGGAUCAUCUACUUUGCAAACUCAUUUGUGUACUAUGGGGCUGUGCUGCUGACCACUGAGUUGAGUGGUGGUGAAAGUGAAUGUGGUUCGAUUCUAUUGCUUUCUGGUGGCUCUACCCUCUAUAUGGAUGCUUUCAUCACCAGCUUUGCAGAGUUUCCAGGGCUGAUUUUAUCGGGUCUCCUUGUUGACAAAAUCGGGCGAAGAUUUUCCAUGGUGGUUAUGUACUUAAUAGGCUUCAUAUUUCUUUUACCACUUCUGUUCCGCCAAAAUGAACUCAUAACCACGUCUCUUUUGUUCGGAGCUCGCAUGUGCUUCACCGGGAACUAUACAGUCGCUUGUAUUUACUGCCCGGAGUUGUAUCCUACGUGUGUGAGAACGACAGGUGUUGGUGCUGCGACUGCUGUGGGGAGAGUGGCCGGAAUAAUAUGCCCUCUUGUGGCAGUUUGGUUGGUUUCCGGUUGCCACCAAAUGGCGGCCAUAGCUUUGUUUGAGGUUGUGUUAGUUGUGGCAGGAAUAAGUGUGAUGCUCCUCCCACUUGAGACCAAGGCCACAAAGUUGAGUGAUAUUGUUGCUUCCUCACAAUAAUUUAACUUGGAAUGCAAUUGCAUUGCAAGGAGCAAUAAGCUCAUCAUAUAUGUUCCAACAUUAUUAUUUUAAAUACUAGUGUAUCCCGUGCAAUGCACGGAUAGGCUUAUUAAUUAAAACUUUUUUUUUACUUUAUUUAAAUAUAAUUAU